GUUCAAGUCUAAGUUUUAUUUUUUUUGCAAUAAAUUUAUAAAAACAAGAUAAAUUAUGGUUUGGAAUUACUUCAAAUAGUCAGUAAAUUAAAGACGCUUUAUAACCAUGCCUGUCGACCAUAAACGUAUAAAUGGACCAGAAGAAAGUGUCCCUUAUGAACUAUUCGCUAGAUUAAGUGGUUUAACAUCAGAAAAAGCCUUUGAACAGCUCUACAAAGCCGGUAAGCGUUCUGAUGGCCGAGAAUUUGAAGAACACCGAAAAAUAUUUUUGAAAAAUGGUGCAGUCAGUCAGGCCAAAGGUUCAGCAUACAUUGAAAUGGGACAGACAAAGGUUAUUGUGUCUGUUUUUGACCCUAGGGAGAUUCCUAAUAGAUCAGAUUACAGCUUAAAAGGCGAGUUAUACUGUGAAUUUAAGUUUGCACCGUUCAGCUGUGCUAAAAGACGACUGCAUCAACAAGACAACGAGGAGAAACAGUAUAGUUGUAUAAUGAAGAAAGCUCUGGAAUCUGCGGUUUGUUUGCAUGAAUUACCCAACUUCCAAGUUGAUAUUUAUGCAUUAGUGAUGCAUAAUGACGGUUCAGCUCUUAGCGCAGCUAUAACUGCAGCUGGAGUAGCUCUGGUUGAAGCAGGAGUGCCUAUGUACGAUAUAAUAACUUCUGUUACAGUGGGUAUACAACAGGGAGUGAAACUUGUUGAUCCUGACUCUUUAGAGGAACAAAUGUGUCAAGUACAAUUUUUGUCAGAAAAGUAUCAAGAUAAUAAUCAUGGAUUAUUGAUUAUUUCUAAACUUCAUACACAGGAACAGUUGUGUCAGUUUUACCAGAACGGUUAUGUGUCUUUAGAAGUGUUAAAAAGUGGUUUGGAAGUUCUUUCUAAAACUUGUGAAGUUAUUGUACCUCUUGUACAGAAAUGUUUGAUUAAACAUAUCACAAAUGGUAUUAAAUCUUGAGUAAUGUCUUAAUAAUAAAAAUAUAUUAUAGUA